UAGGCGGAAGUGAGGCUUCCAGAAAGUGCGAGGGCGGUUGCGCAGGGAAGUGGGGAGGUGGAUGAUUGGAUGCUGUCGCUUUUACAUAACCUAACAUUUGGCUGUGAUUUCUUUGAAAUCGCUUUUGUUUUAUGCACGCAUCAUUAAAACAUUCCGCAUCGCUGUGUAGAUCAAAUACCGCGUGUUGCUUUAGACGGGGAGUUAAAAUAGGAAAGAGGGUUUAACGGGAAGCGCGGCGGCCGAAACUCAUCUGCAUCAUAACCGGACAGUGGGCUGCGGUGCUGCUGCUAUCACGGUCUGUGUACAAGAUUACAAGGGUGUCUAGCCCUACUGCAAACCAGCAGGUGACUGACCACUUGCAGACGGGAUUUGCAAACACUAGCCAGUUGUGUUGCAGAAUGAGUGUUGAAGAGAAUUCUGCUGCUAAACCUGCGCCUGUGAUAGACGUGCAGGGAGAUGGACGCUGGAUGUCACAGCAUAACCGGUUUGUGCAGGAGUGUAAGGAUGCAGAGCCUGAUGUUCUGUUUAUUGGGGACUCAAUGGUUCAGCUUAUGCAGCAGUAUGAGGUGUGGAGGGAAUUGUUCUCACCUCUUCAUGCUUUGAACUUUGGGAUUGGUGGGGACACAACCAGUAAUGUGCUGUGGAGACUUCAGAAUGGAGAACUGGAAAACAUCAGACCCAGGGUGGUUGUUUUAUGGGUAGGAACCAAUAAUCAUGAGCACACAGCAGAACAAGUUGCAGAAGGAAUAUUGGCUAUUGUCCAGCUACUUCUGUCUCGCCUCCCUAAGUCCAAAAUUAUUGUUUUGGGUCUGUUACCAAGGGGGGAGUUUCCUAACCCCUUAAGAGAAAAAAAUGCAGCAGUGAACAAUUUACUUCGUGCAACCCUUCCUCAACUAGGCCCUGUUCAGCUCCUUGAUGUGGGAGGUAGUUUUGUUCACUCCGAUGGAACGGUUUCCUCUCGGGACAUGUUCGACUUUCUACAUCUGACCGCCGGUGCGUACAGGACCAUAGCAUCUACUCUCCAUGACCUGCUUCUUCAGCUUUUGGAGGAAACGCCUCAGGAGAGGCGAGGCUCGCUGGUCUAAAAAGUGGGCACGGAAUUGGUCAAUCACUGUAGAGGUGGGGUUUACAAUUGUUGGAUAUUCAGCAUAAGAUUAAAAUACUUUUGAGUAGGAUCAAGCACAGUGGAAAACAACAAAGAUUGAAUUACAGCAAAACAAAUAGGGGGAUGUAGGGCAGAGGUCAAUUUUAUAUGACUCAUAGUGAAUGUCUAUAUCAAAAAUGCAAAAUACAACAUAAAUAGAUAAGAAAUGUAUGUGUCUAUAAGAUAAUGGCUUUUGUAGAUGUGUUGCUGUGCGGAGGGACCAGAAUCUUUAAUGUCUCACUGUCACCGUCUGAACAACCUUCGGUAGUAGCACUUACUCUGCAGCUUCUCUGUGCCUUCAUACACACACAGUCAGUCACCCUCACUGUGAUGUUAUGCUGACAAUAACCUAUUCAUACAAGAAGAAUCAUGCCUUUGAAAUCGAUGCUUCCAGUUUUAGUUCAAGUAUAUGCUAACACAGAGACGUAUAGUACCUUCUCCUCCACUUAUUUAUCUUCUUGCCUUUCUUCUUUGCAGCUUUUCAACCUAAAUGAAUCUAAUUGUGUGUGCGCGCGCGUGUGUGUGUGUGUGUGUGUGCGCGCGUGUGUGUGUGUGCAUGUAUGCGAGUUUGACUGCAAAUCUCAUCUUAAGCAUCUAAUGCACACAUGCAGUUUGAAGUUUUCAGUGUUAAUAUUUAUCCCACUUGCUCUGCAUCCAUGUUAUUGUAUAGAUGUCCAUGCGCUCUUUAAAGUAUUAUGCGGAGAGUUGAUGUGCGUAUGUUUACACACAUGAUUCAAUGGGCAAGCACUGAUAAAUUAAAUUCUAAGUGAGUGAGUUUGUAUAUAUAUAUAUAUAAAUAUAAAUUGUUAGUAUUAAUGUACUCUGUGCAAGUGCUUAUGUACAGUAGCUUUAUGUUAAUGUUUUUGUGUGUAAGAGAGCAACCAUGUAAAAACAUUUUUUUCAGAUCCAAGUGCUCCACAUGCUUCAGAUCCAAGCAUUCCAAUAAAACAUCAGGGAUCCUA